CCGAGCUCAGAAUAACGCAAGAGACUAUACAGAGAACUACACAGCCUAUACAGAGAACUACACAGCCUUUACGCUUCACUUCAAAAUCCCGAUCGCGCUUGGAUUAUAACUAUGACUCUGGAAGAGAUCCGCGGACAAGAGAACGCAAUGGAAAACACAGACAGGGUGCAAAGUGCAGGCGCAGCCCUGGAAGAGCUGCUGCUCGCCGCUAAGAAGCAGGACUACCUGACAGUUGGAGUUUAUGAAUCUGCUAAAGUCAUGAAUGUUGACCCAGACAGCGUGGCAUUCUGCGUCCUCGCCACUGAUGAAGAGUACGAAUGUGACAUCGCUCUGCAGAUCCACUUCACCCUCAUCCAGGCUUUCUGCUUCGAUAACGACAUCAACGUGGUGCGUGUCAACGACAUCGAGCGCCUGGCAGACCUCGUGGGCUCAGACGAGACCGGCGAGCCCAAGGACGCACACUGCAUUCUUGUCACGAGCCCCAGUGCAAACCCAUGGAAAGACCCCGCACUAGACAAGCUGAGUCUGUUCUGCGAGGAGAGCCGCAGUGUGUAUGACUGGGUGCCCAGCAUCACGCUCCCAGAGCGCUGAAGUGACAUUCCCCUGCAACAAUGCUUCACAUGAUGAUGAUGAAGAUGAUGAAAAGAAAGUCAGAGAGCUGAGCCUCUGCUGGAGGUGUUGAGCCUUUCUGCCAGCCUCAUAUGUCUGGAUUAAGAGGCUGUGGCUGGAAGCACGAUCUUCUGGUGCAUUCUGGGUCAGCACGUUGGUUCUGGAUUACUCUGAGGAAGGGUUCAAGUUCAGAGGUCAAGUGUGGACUGGAUCACGUGUACUGUGGAGUGGACGGAAAGCCUGAUGGACACUGAGAAGGAUUUUGGACUGUUCUGCAUAAUGCAUGAAAUGAUGACAAGUUUUGACCCAGUUACUGCCCUAGAUAGAAAUCAAUGGGGAACUGAGCAGAGAAGGUCAAAGAGAUGGACACUGUGCAAGAAAUGGACAUAUGAAAGUGCGGAGACUGGACUAAGUCUGGUCAGAGGGGAACAAGGAAGAUGUUGGUCUGGAAGAGGGUUUCUGAAAAUGUCUAAAUGGACUUCACUUUUCUUUCCCAGUGCAGCUAUCAGGAAGUUCUUGGAAUGAGCAGAGACUUUGCUUGCAAAUCCUGAUUUGAGCUGUGUCUGUACCUGUGACACGUUCAUGGACUUUUGUUUUUACUUUAAAAUAUGCAGACAAAACAAUGCAAUAUUCAUUUGAACUGUACUCACUUUUAAUGCUUUGAGAAUAAACAUUUGAAAUCAAACUCA